AUGCCCUCCAUCCUCAGUGAUGCCGACAAGGAAACUGUUAAGCGGAAUGUCCCCAAACCCGCCAACAAGAUCCUCGCCGUAGCUGUCGCGCGACUCUACGUCGCCUACCCGGAUGGACAGAAAUGGACAUAUACCGGAAUUCAAGGGGCUGUUGUCCUCUGCAAUGACCUCGUGGGAAGGACUUUUUGGCUUAAAAUAGUCGAUGUCUCGCCCACUGGCAGGGGCGUGAUCUGGGAUCAGGAGAUCUAUGACAACUUCGCUUACAACCAGGACCGAACCUUCUUUCAUACAUUCGAGCUCGAAGCCUGUCCCGCCGGCCUGUCCUUUGUCGACGAGAAGGAGGCCAAGACCUUUAUUAAGAAGGUGCAUGAGCGCGAGAAACAUGCAAGUAAAGAGACCACUAAGACUCCUUUCGCAUCUACUCGAGGCCAGGGACCUGCUCCUGUUACCAAUGGGAAAGUAGGACGGUCUUUGUUUGGCAGCUUGUUACAUCGUUCGAGCCCAACUCCCAGUGCACCACCGCCGACAGCACCUGCGCCUUCAAUACAGAUUGCUCCUCCACCUCUGACACUGUCCCCAAUCACACCAUCAGCUAAGCCGGAUUUGCCAUUUGAUACGAGUGACCCCUCUUGGAAAGGUUUGCUGGAUGAGCUUAAGGGGAUGGGAAUUACCGAAGACCAAAUCGCUGAGAAUUCCGAAUUCAUCAAAGCUUGGAUUGACCAGAAGCAGGCGGCAGCGGCUGAGUCUGUCCCUGCUGAGGAUCAGAAUAAACCAAAGGCUGCUCCUCCACCGCCACCUUCUGCACCUCCCGCUCCGAAAGUAGCCACGAUCAGUCCUCAAGACACGGGUUCUAGCUCGACAAGCAGAAGGGGACCACCGCCGCCGCCCCCAUCACGGAAAACACGUUCUGAAGCACCAGAGGAACCGGUUUCCCUCCCCCGUGAGCCAUCUCCGCCUGCGCGAAGAUUCAACGCGCCGCCUCCAUUUGCAGACGCAGGAAAAUUCGCUGAGCCCGCUGGCCCUGUGCCUCCGCGGCGUCCACGCGCAACUUCGAACGUCAAUGCUGGGCCUCCGCCGCCGCCAAGACCACCGAAGACACCGAUGGACGAUAGUCAAUAUAUUCAAUCGAGUCAAUCUCGAUUUGGGGUACCACCGCCUUUCUCUGGUGAUCGCAAGGUGUCUGUGCCACCGGCACCCCCCAGCCGUAGCCCUGCACCAGGUGGACCUCCUCCUCCGCCGCCUCGCACGGCGAGCCCAGCAGCACCACCCCAACUGCCCCCCAAAGUGCCGCCCAUGAGCAUUACAACUGGGCCUCCUCCUCCACCCGCCAGAGGCCCCAUUUCACCCCCACUUCCACCCCCCCCAGCGCCUCGACCCGUGCCAGCUGCACCGUCUUCUCCUGCGGCAGCUCCUCCUCCCCCACCCAGAGGACCAAUACCGCCUCCCCCGGCCCCGCCCUCGGCUCCUACGUAUUCUCCUAGCAUUCCUCCACCACCUCCGCCGCCUGGCUCUGCAGCACCCGGUGGCCCCCCGCCCCCUCCCCCUCCUCCGGCGCCUGUUUUGGGGGCACCAGGUGGACCACCGCCGCCGCCUCCACCUCCUGGGGCGCCUGGAGGUGGUGCUGCACCACCCUUGCCAAAGCCCGCCGGUGGACACAGCGAUCUGCUGGCGUCCAUCAGAGCUUCUGGCGGCCACGGAGGCGCAGGCUUGCGCAAGGUCAAGGAUACGGAAAAGAAAGAUCGAAGUAAAGCUUUGGUACCCGGUGGUGCUAACGAGUCAUCAGCUACAAGCUCCAACGCAGGAGGCGCCCCUCAAGGUGGUUUGGCCGGCGCAUUGCAAGAUGCUCUCAACAAGCGAAAACAGAGAGUCAGCGGAAGUGAUGACGAGAAAGACAACGACGACGAUUGGUGA